AUGGAAAAAAGACUUGACCAAAAGUUGACAAAACGUAUUUUAUUUUGUAGUGAUGUACAGUGGAACAUAGUGGAGACGUCCGUGAGGCGUGCCUUUCUGAUCGAUGAGACCCAUGUUAACAGAGCUACAGUGGGGGGUACAGAGGCCUUACCUAAAUACCCCGGGGUGUCCAGGGCUGUCCAGACUGACCCCACACCAAUAAACAGAUCGGUCUCAGCACCACCCCCGGCACACACCGUCUCUUCCAGCCUCUCCAAAGAAAUGUCUGCCGACUUGAAAAAAGCAUUAGAAGCAAAAUUGAAUCAAAAUUCAAAGCCAUCCUGUGAUACACUUAAAAGAAUUGACAAGGAAAUUGACCAGUGUUUUAAUUUUGUGAAUGAUGAUUUAUCAUCUCCAUCAAGUAGCAUCCAUUCCAGUUCAUCUCCAAAAAUAGACUUAACAGAACCAAAUCAAAACAUUCCGGAGUCAACAUCAUCUUCAUCUACAAUCUCUCAGCAAAAUGGAGGAUCAGCCCCACCUCCACCACCCCCACCCCUGCCACCACCACCCCCACCAGGUAUGGGGUCAUCAGAUCUGUCAUAUCCACAAGAAGUUGCUAUACCACCACCCCCUCCCCCACCACCUCCUCCUCCUGGAAUGGAACCUCCUAUCCCUCCCCCACCUUCCCUAGGUGUGGGCCCACCACCACCACCGCCGCCACCACCACCUCCCCCUGGUAUGGGAAUACCUAACCCUCCUCCUCCCCCUCCCCCACCCCCAGGCUGUGGGCCUCCAGUCCCUCCUCCUCCCCCAGGCUGUGGGCCACCUCCCCCUCCUCCUCCACCCCCAGGCUGUGGGCCACCCGCACCACCACCUCCACCUGGGAUGAUCAAGUCAAAACCGACACCAUUAACAUUCUCCAGUAGUCAAGUAACCUCUUCUAAGAUGUGGACUCCCACUCCUAAACACAAAAUGAAGACAUUCAACUGGACAAAAGUUCCAUCCCACACCAUAUCAUCUCAUGAAAAUGUCUGGAAAGAAAUCCUAGAUAUGCAGGAUCUGAUUAGUGUAAAGUAUGAAGCUUUAGAACAACUGUUCUGUCAGAAGCAAAUCCAGAAGAGGAAAGAAAACGAGAAAAAUAAAACCAAACCACCAUCAGAGAUAUUACUGCUGGAUACAAAGCGAAGCAUGAAUGUGAAUAUCUUCCUGAAGCAGUUUAAGUGCAGCCAUGAUGAAAUUAUGUCCAUGAUUGAGGCAGGCGAUGUGAGCGUUAUUGGCCAAGAGCGCCUGCGCGGUCUGCAAAAGAUACUUCCAGAGCCAGAUGAGGUUAACAUGAUCAAAGGUUUUGAGGGAGACAAAGAGAAACUCGGGAACGCAGAGAAAUUCUUCCUCAAACUUAUACAGUUAGCGUCCUUCAAAGUUCGUAUUGAUGGCUUGGUUCUAAAAGACGAGUUUCGAGUAACAUUGGAUACACUGUUACCAAACAUUGAAGCCGUGGUGAAGGCCUGCCAACACCUUCUAGAGAACGAGUCCUUCAAAGUCUUCCUACGAUACGUCUUACAUGCUGGAAAUUUCAUGAACGCGGGAGGAUACGCUGGAAAUGCUAUGGGGUUUCGGAUAAAUUCCCUGAAUAAGCUCAUGGACACGAGGGCCAACAAGCCUCGGGUGACACUGCUUCAUUACCUGGUGGGGGAGGCGGAGAAGGAAAAUAAAGACGCCCUGGCUUUUGUUGACGAAAUGUCAUCAGAUCUAGCCAAAGCUUCAAGGUUGACAGUAGAUGCUUUAACAGCUGAAGUGAAACAGUUGAAGACCAACGUCAAAAAACUUCACAAAGAUUUAGAGACUUGUCCCGAAGACGUCAAAAACCAACUCAAAACUUUCAUUCAGGACGCCGAGGAAGAAAUGGCAUCCCUAGACAAGAAAUUACAGGAAAUCACCGAACUGACCAAACAGCUGGUCAGCUACUUCUGUGAAAACGAAAAAUCGUUUAAAUUAGAGGAAUGCAUAAACAACCUAAAUACGUUCUGUGAGCGUGUUAAACAGUGCCAAAAGGAGAAUCUUCAAAGAAAACAGCAGGAAGAAAAGGCAGAGCGCAGGAAAAAGCAGCAACAAGAAAUGGCCAGCAAACGAGCUAAACAUGGACCAACAGUACCAGAACCCGACGAGGAUGGAUGUAUCAUUGAUCGUUUACUAAAUGACAUAAGAAAGGGCUUCAAACUACGGAAGACAACUCCAUCAGCACCCUCAGCCAAAAAGGAGGACCCAAAAGCCAAAACUUCCCCGAUUCCAUCCCCCAAACGUAUCGUAAAAAUGUCCUCCUCUCCUCUGUUAGACGUGGGGACUACAGGGGUUUCUGUUGAUUCUGUGAAAGAAAAGAAUAAAGAUACACAUCAAAGCAGUGACUCGGACUCCUCCAAAUCUGAUGAUUCCUCCAGUAAAUCUGACAAUGAUAAGAAAUCCAGACAAUCCCAAAAACAACCUCAAAAUGACAAUGAAGUGAAAAGUUCUGCUAAACCAGACACUGUAGACUCAGGAAAUUACUCUCUUGACAAUAAACCUGUAUCUAAUGGUAGGGGUAAUGCAAAUGAAAAUGAUAUUGUCGCUCAACUAGAUUCUACUUCACAAAACACAGAAUCUCAUGUAUGAUUACAAAGAUAUAAUGAUUUUGUUCUAAGAUCUACGUAUUGCAGCAGGUUAUGGUUUGUAUGGGAUCAAUUCAUAAGACCUCUCCACCGCUGGUGAAUGUAUAUUAGCUUCUUGCCCUGUUAAAUGGACUGAAACCUUAUAUCAUGAAUUAAUAUGAAGACCUUUCCCCUAACACAAUCAAAUACAAUAGUGCAGAAUUUAUACAUAUAAUUAUGAUAUGUUAUACUUUUAUUGUUUCUUUCACAAUUUAAACCUAUUAAUAAUUUUUAUUUCACUUAUACAUCUACAAUUAAGUACUUUUUCUUUUAGGAUUAUUUGUCAAUGAAUGAAUAAUUCGUGUAUCG